AUGAUCUUGGAAUACCAGAAAAACAUUCACUGUGGUUGUGAAGUCCAAGAGCUGCAAUCGAUUCUGGGCGCUCUGCUUGCAGGGUAUCCUGAAACCUUGAAACAGGGAAGCAAGGAACCCGAGCUGGUGAGGAAUGGCGAGGUGUCAGACGAGGAACUGAAGACAUGUUUGAAGAGCCUCCUUAGACGCGAAGACUUUUCUGUCCCCUGGGAUCUACCUGGCUCACCGGCCAAGGCGGCAGCUCUUGCCACAUCUGGAGCAGUUGCCAGGAGGUCUAGAGCUGAAAGACGUGAAGACAGUCAGGAUCUGGACUUGGUCAACGCAACAGUUGCUGAAUUGUUGGAAAAACUUCAGGUCAAGUUGCGUGGGGAACAACAAGGAAAUAAAGAGCCCUCUGCGAGAUUCCUUCUGGAAGAUGAAAUUCCACACCUGCAAGAUCUAUUGACUUUGUGCGAAGAUUUUAUUCGAUGGCAACGUUUCGUGUCGCAUAGGAAUGGUGAAAAUCCGGAACUGCCGGAACCCUUUUGCAGCUUCCAACACUUUCCUGCUCACGUGAGACAGGUCUUGCAGAAAGUGGAUUCCACAGGUUUCGAAGAGAUGCCAGAGAUUCCACAGAGAUGGGCCGAUGUGCUUUUUGAAUGCUUGAAACCUCUUCAGGUGUCAUUUGAUGCUGAGCCCUUCUCAGAUUUGCUGGAGGACCUACAGAAGGAGCAACCUUCAAACACUGGCAACUGGAGAGGUGAAGUAUUUGCACGUCAGGCGCCUGAUCUGAUUAACAACGACGCUUCAGAUGAGGACGACUGGCAACGUGCUCUUAGAUCUGCAAACCUUUUCAAGUUCACCAGCCGACGUGCAGAGCAUGUCCAUGAGUGGAACGAAACGUCCACGGGGAAACUGGACCCCAGCGCUUUUGGCUACCCACAGGAUGCCCACAUGACCUGCAACAACAGAAUUGCGCUGAUGAGGCGUCUUUUGAAGUCUGACUCAGAAGAAGAAAAUGAAGAAGGUCAUGAUCGCAUCGAUGAUGAAGAAUAA